AUGUGGUACCUCAGCGGCGAACACCUCAAAAGUGAGCUCGACAACAAGUGCUUGGAUGCGCACACCGGAAAUGGAAACCUCUACAUGUACGACUGUCACGACGGCAACCACCAGAAGUUCUAUUUCGAUCAUGGCCACAUACGCGUCCGGCACCACCACCGGUGCCUGGAAUACAAUGUCCAUACCGGCAAUGUCUUCACCGGCACAUGCCCAGAUCAGGGGAACCACAAAUGGCAGUUCGAGCCGGGAGUCGCGCUGAAGAAGACGCCGUUGCCGACCCAAUUCCGGCAUGGGCAAAGCCUCCGCGCUUCCUGCUGGUCCGAAAGAUUCGCCACCGGGUCCCACAGCACAGAGACCAUGACAUGCGUGGCCGGGGCAUGGGCCAACUCCCACAACAAGCCAGGCCUGGACGGGUUCACUUGCGCCGCCUGCAUUCAGGUCGUGUCAAAGGUCUACGCAGAUCUGGAUGCACAGAUUCGGCAGGAGCUCUUCUUUGCACAGGGGCUGGAGUUGCAACUCGCCGUGGACUCGCGCUCCCGUCGCACCGUGACUUCAUCGGGUGGUCUUCGCACAGGAGGCGGGGUGGAUAUCUUCGUAGCCGAGCUCAUGCCUGAUGCGUCCGAGACGAUGCGCCGAUUCAGGUCUCUGACGCAUGGAGGUCAGUGCCUGAAGGCGGCAGCAAAUUUGCGCCUCCAGGGCUCGACGUGCAACAGCAAGGCUGAGCCGGAUCAGCUCCUGCAGGCCGUUGAUCUCUCCUCGCUCCUUUGGGAUGAGUUCAAGGCUGGAGCAAACGUGCCCGGCAAGUCGCACAGCGGGCUUCAGAAUCGCGGUUCUGCCCCGACCACCUUACGAAGCUUCCAGCUGGAUGCCAGCUGUGGCGAGCACGUACUGGAGUCGGUCGGGUUCAGCAGCAACGGCCACCUCGGUAUGUCGGCCACCUGUACUGCAGCCAGCACCUACGGCGCUGCGGUGGAGAAGACGCUUCCGCUGCCGGGCCACAUCCAGAUUACAAGCGAAAGUGAGGGCACUUGCAUGAGCAUCCACCGCAUCGUCCCGUGGCAUUUGGUGGUUCGCCAUGGCCAAAAGUGCAUGGACUACAUCACAAGCGACAAGAAUGUGCAGAUGUACAACUGCCACCAUGCCCACAAUCAGAUGUGGUACACGCUGGAUGGCAACAUCAUAUCCAUGCAUGAUGGCAAGUGCUUGGACUACGACGUUGGCACAGAGAGUCGUGCCGGCAGAGAAGGUGCACUUAAAGCUUUAAAUCAGAGGAAUGUCUUCAUGCACGAGUGCCACGAUGAGCCGAAUCAGAAGUGGUAUUGGGAUGAGGACACGGCUCAGAUCCGAAGCGAACACGACCACAGGUGUUUGGACAUGGCGCUGGAUGGUUCCCACAACAUUUACAUUCACAAUUGCCAUGACGACAACAAUCAGAAAUUCGAUUCUCGGGAAGAUCGAAGCGAGGUUCCCGCGAGUGCAUUCACGAUGGCCUUGCAUCUGGAGUGUAGUGUCCGAGCCUCCUACACCCUCAACUUCUUCUUCGCUUCACUGCAUAGAAGCUGCCAGUUGGACAGCUUCAUGGUGUACAGCCUCAUUGAGGCCUUGACGGGGCGACGAUGGGAUGACGACGGCGCGACGACGGGGUGGCGACGGGGCGACGACGGUGUGACGACGGCGCGACGACAGGGUGCGAUGGCGCGACGACGGACUGACGACGGGGGGACGACGGCUGUCGCGCCGUCGCCUUAUGACGGCGUGACGACGGCGCGACGACGGCGCGACGACGGCGCGACGACGGCGCGACGACGGCUCGACGACGGCGCGACAGCCGUCGAGUCGGAGAAUGAGGAGAUUACCGUGGAGCCCAUUGGCGGAGAGGCCAAGUUUCACCUGAGGCGAGAGCCGGGUUGCUUCUUCCACAAGGUGUUUCCUUGUGAUGGAAGGCGUGAACCACACAUGCUUCCAGGGGAGUGGCGCUGGGACAAAGACGAGAAGAUCAUCCAUGCCGGCAACGGAAAGUGCCUCGAAGCCCGCGGCCGCGGACGUGUGGAGGAGGUCUCCUGCACUCAACGUAUCGAGCAGGAGUGGGCGAUAUCCCACGGCCUUCCCGGCCUCGUGGACGCCCCCAUGACCUGCCCGGGAGAUCAGGAUCUAGAGACGCCGAAGGAUCCGGCCAUUUGA